AUGGAGGACCAGCUGCCGCUUCCAGAUGUACUCCCGGAGCGGGCCGGGCUCGCGGAGCUGACAUGGCCACGGGGCAGCCUGACGGUGCGGACAUCAUUCUCCUCGCGGAGGCGAGCCAGGAGCGCCGCGGCCGCAUCUGUGGGCGGAAGAAACGGGGCACGGCUCGACAUGGGUUUGGGCGAGUUUGAGAAGAACAAGGGUGAAGUGACGCCCUCGCUCUUCAGUAGUGCAAGAGCUGCGGCGGCUGUCGGUGUCCUGGGGACUCCGGAGAGAUCGAUGGCGCGCGGCGGCAGCAGACGAGUGCGGGGUUUCUUCAGUGGUGACGACUUUGCGCCAGGCCGUGCUGUAUCCUCUUCGGACGGCCGCUUUACUGGCAGCGGGUUGGGUCUUCGGGAGGGUUGCUGA